AUGUUCCCUGCUCAGGAGGAGGCCGACAGAACGGUGUUUGUGGGGAAUUUAGAGGCCCGAGUACGGGAAGAGAUUCUUUACGAGCUGUUCCUUCAGGCUGGGCCAUUAACCAAAGUGACUAUAUGCAAAGACAGAGAAGGAAAGCCGAAGACUUUUGGAUUUGUCUGCUUUAAGCACCCUGAAUCGGUGUCUUAUGCCAUAGCUUUGCUGAAUGGAAUACGUUUAUAUGGAAGACCAAUUAAUGUACAGUAUCGAUUUGGGAGCUCUCGCUCUUCUGAACCAGCUAACCAAAGUUUUGAGAGCUGUGUUAAGAUAAAUUCACACAGCUACAGAAAUGAAGAAGUUGUGGCCAGAUCUUCCUUUCCCAUGCAGUUCUUUCCAAUUAACAGUGCAGCUUUACCUCAAGAAUAUUUUUUCCUUCAGAAGAUGUGGCAUGCCUAUAAUCCAGCCCUGCAGCUACCUUACUAUGAGAUGGCAGCACCGCUUCCUAAUAGCACGUCUGCAACGUCUUCACUAAAUUGUGCUCCAGAUCUGGAGGCUGGACCCAGCUCUUACGAAUGGACUCACCAACAGCCCAGUGACCCUGACCUUUAUCAGACGAAUAAACGAAAGAGGCAAAAACAAACCAGUGACAGCGAUAGUAGCACAGAAAACAAGAGGGGAAAUGAAUAUAGCCAAAAGUUCCAAAAGUGUAAGAAAAAGAAAAGAUAUUAGCAUUAUGUUCACAUGAAAUUUGCCUACCCUGUCAUCAUUUUCUUAAA